UAUGCAUCCUACCCGGACAUGUAAGCGGUUGCACAGGUGCCCAGACUCGGUCUCGGCACGCCAUUGUGGGGAAUAGUUACUUUCACAUUAUUUGACUCCUGACUUUGAGCUCGCUUGAGUCGAGUUAUCCUUUGUGAAACAACAACAACAAAAAGAAGAAACUGCUCCACAAUGGCCACGGACUCCUGGGCGCAGGCGGUGGACGAGCAGGAAGCCGCGGCGGAAUCGAUCGGCAACCUUCAAAUCAAAGAGAAACGUGAGGAAAAUGGCACGACCUCAAACGCGACAGACUCCAGCAGUGCAGCUGCAAAGUCAGAAGCUGACGGAGACAGUAAGACCACAGAUGACGAUGACAAAGAGGACAAAGCGGCACAGUCAUUGUUAAACAAGCUGAUACGAAAUAAUCUCGUCAAUAACACUAAUCAAGUGGAAGUCCUUCAGAAGGAUCCCAACUCUCCGCUCUACUCCGUCAAGUCCUUUGAAGAGUUACGACUCAAACCACAGCUGCUUCAGGGUGUUUAUGGCAUGGGGUUCAACCGGCCAUCCAAAAUCCAGGAGACCGCCUUACCCAUGAUGCUGGCCGAACCUCCACAGAAUCUGAUUGCCCAGUCGCAGUCAGGAACAGGGAAAACAGCUGCCUUUGUCCUGGCCAUGCUCAGUCAUGUAGACCCCAACAACAAAUAUCCCCAGUGCCUCUGUGUGUCACCCACGUAUGAACUGGCCCUUCAAACUGGCAAGGUAAUCGAGCAGAUGGGCAAACACUAUCCUGAGGUCAGACUAGUCUACGCCAUCAGAGGAAAUAAAUUGCAGCGGGGCAUGAAGCUGCAGGAACAGAUAGUUAUUGGCACACCUGGUACCAUGCUGGACUGGUGUGCUAAAUUCAAGUUCAUAGACCCCAAGAAGAUCAAGGUGUUUGUACUGGAUGAGGCCGACGUCAUGAUCGCCACACAGGGCCACCAGGACCAGAGCAUCCGCAUCCAGAGGAUGCUGCCCAAAAACUGCCAGAUGUUGCUGUUCUCUGCCACGUUUGAAGAGACCGUGUGGAACUUUGCCCAGCGCAUCGUGCCUGACCCCAACAUCAUCAAGCUGAAGCGAGAAGAGGAGACGCUGGACACCAUCAAGCAGUACUAUGUGUUGUGCAACAGCAGGGAGGAGAAGUUCCAAGCCCUCUGUAACGUCUACGGAGCCAUCACCAUCGCCCAGGCCAUGAUCUUCUGCCAUACAAGGAAAACUGCAGGCUGGCUGGCAGGGGAGCUGUCCAGAGAAGGUCACCAGGUGGCGCUGCUCAGCGGCGAGAUGCAGGUGGAGCAGAGGGCUGCUGUCAUCGACCGCUUCAGAGACGGCAAGGAAAAGGUCCUGGUCACCACAAACGUUUGUGCUCGAGGUAUUGAUGUUGAGCAGGUUUCUGUGGUGAUCAACUUUGACCUGCCGGUAGACAAGGACGGCAACCCAGACAACGAGACGUACCUGCACAGGAUCGGCCGCACAGGUCGAUUUGGCAAAAGGGGACUGGCCAUCAACAUGGUCGACAGCAGGAUGAGCAUGAACAUCCUCAACAAGAUCCAGGAGCAUUUCAGUAAGAAAAUUGAAAAACUAGACACAGAUGAUCUGGAUGAAAUCGAGAAAAUCGCCAGCUAAAGAGAGCGUCGUUAAUCGCAUGGACGCCGACCUGACUUCCCUCCCCCUCUUCGCUCUCCAAGGACUGUACGAUCCUACAGUGUUUUAUGCUUUUAUUUUUUUAGCCGUCAGAGAAAAAGAGAAAAACCACACAAAUACAGCAUAUGUUUACACGUGGAUAUGUCUCCUCUCAGACGAGUGUUUUGUAAGUCUCUGGAACAUACCCCAUUUCACUCUUUGUACCUCUUUGAAUAAAGUCUAUGAGUUUAUUGCUGUGUAUCGUGACGCUGCACAAACAGCUAUAGUGGACUCUGUUUUACUGAACACACAUGGAUUUUUAAAAAAACAAACACUUUCUGGUGUUGGCUAUAGUGGUGGCAUGAUACAAGCUACUCUAUUAAGAGAUUCACAAAUAACCUGAAUAGAUAAGUAGCCGUUUUCUGUGCCACAAAGUUUUUAAUUUUAAAAGGAACAAAGUAUAAUUGAAUGUAACUGUAUCAUGUAGACUUAUUACAGCAUUUAUUGUGCUCUGUAUUGACCAAAAGUACAAAGGGUGAAGUUGGGUAUGCUGCUCUGAGUGGUAGUUUAAUCAUUAAGAUUAUAAUAUUGAGACGGUGAUGGUUGGGUUUCAAGGGUCUAUGCAAACUUAUCAACCUGUGAUAGCUAUUAUCAAAUACUAUCAACCUGUAUUCACAUGACAGAAAUUAAUCCUCAAUUAACCUCAGCGUUAGCAUCAGGGUGUGUAGUCAAAUGCCAAAAAAAGGCUGCCUAGAGUGAUAAUACACAACUAACUCAUGUAGAUGUUUCUGUUUAGCCAGUGAUCAAUCAUCAGCCAACCACACAUCUCACACGCUUGUUAUUUAUAUCAUUUUAAGAACCGAUUACGGCCAUCAUCAGGACAGGCUCGGUGUCACUGCCGAGCGUUAAUCAUUAGUCUUCUUUUUCCUCCCAUCUGUCUCAUAAAAACUUCAUCUUUAUUCAAAAAUGUGGCCGUUAAAGGUCUGAUGUGAUCAGUUUCCCUUCGUGUCUCACUGUCCCACACAAUCUUUUCAAUCAGGGUCUCCAGUUUGACUUAAACUCAGCUACAUUCUUCACCCAGACUGUGCUGUUAUUAAGGAUUGUGAGUUUUAAAAAAAUAUAUAUAUAUACGCAAUGCCUUCCUCAAGUGCAUUAUAUCUACAUAUGAUUUUGUUACUGGUAGACAUUGGGCUUAAUAUUCUGACUAACACUUGAAAUUUUGACUAUAUAUUGAAUUAUGGGCGUCUUUUAGGAUGUGUGAAUUAUCUUCUUGAAACCAAAUGCUGAAUUGACUUGAGGACCUAUGCCAAUCAGAUUCACUGUGUUGCUCCAACAUGGUUGUGUGGAUAGAAAACAUGUACUUGUGUACAUAUUUAAAAAAAAAAAAAAAUUAGGUCAAAGACAUAGUGUGACUGAAUUAUGGACACUUCUAAGAAGUGCAAAAACAUUCCUCAUGAGGCUCAAUUUUGACAGAUGCAGCACUUCGAACACAGUGAGCCUAAAUCAGUUAACCUUGCAUCAGUGGGUGACUGUACGAAAAUUCUGGAAACGGUGCGAUGUCUGGUGUAUUUGAUCAACACGCUGGAACGUUAAGGGCGGUGAUUGGUCAGUCUGAACCUUGUAUAAACCUCAUCUGGCUGCCACCAAGCACUAGAAAGACUUGCUGGUGGUAGUCUGCUUUUAAUGGACUGUUUACAGACAACUUG